CAGCCGACUGCCAACGCAUAGUUCAGUCUAGUCGUGGAGAGUGAGUAGUGUGGGUAACGGUGUGUUUCAUGUUUCGUCUUCGUUUUUGUCGAUUCCGAUCUGCGCUUCCUCUCUAACGCUCCGUAUCGAGUGGCUGAAAGAGCGUUCGGAGCUUUAGCCACAACGUAGUUGACUUUUUGUGUGUGCAGUUGCAAAGUUGUUCGCGUUUAACUUUUUGGAAAUUUCACAUUUUAAGUUGUAUCAUUCGAUAUAAUAUACUUAUAUGGACUGUUAUCGGUCCAGAAGACUCGAGCUCUUUGUUUUAAGUUCACGUCACACUACUUGCUGCUUUCGGAAAACCCAAGUGACAAAGUGAAAUUCAAAAAUAAGCGAUAGAACGAGAGAGGUUAUCAAAUACUCCACGAAUCCAGUGUUAAAACAAAAAUACAGAGAACUUUAAAAAUUCAGCAAACGUUUUUAGUUCCAUUGCAGAUCCUAAAGGAAACCAUAUUUGACCUUAAGGAAAGUUAAUUUGUGUGACGAUGUAUUCUGCUGGACUUUGGAAUGAGUUUUUGAGCACGACGAGAGUAGAGUAAUCUUCACAUAGGUUUUAGGGUUCAACAAGUUAUGUACUAUCCUAGCUUCUACUCAUCUACUCAGCCAUUUGAAGCAAGUUUAGCUAGUACCGGAAGACCUUUUGAAGUGCCACGAUUGCCACCAAGACGUCAAAGUGAAAUUCCAUUGGAUCUGUCCAACAAAUCUGUAGGCCAGACCCCGGAAGGUGCAGUAGAAACUGAAGAAAUGUAUUUUUUAGAGCAGCGAAAAUUUGCGGGACUGAGUGCUUCCCAAGGACUCCCGACAGGGUUACAUAGACAUAUGACAGGUGUAGGAGGUUCUCCAGGAACUUUGUUGGAUCCGGCCCUUUUCCGUGUGGGUUACAGACCAGAUGCCAGUGUAGGUGGCUUAUUGGGUGCUAAUAUAUCGUCGCCAUUUUGUGUAGAACGAACUCCAGUUUCGUCUUCUGUGCCAUCGUUUGGAUCUCAUCACAUGAUAGGUAGCAUCUUCCAACAACGAGACCAAUGUUUAGAUCAACAUGGCGCCAUCUGUGCAGGGACUCGACCCCCGACACAUCUUUCUCCAUUCUUAGAACCAGCAUCGUUAUCAUUACCCCUUCGACCAUCCAACAGUAGCUUGUCUGAUAGGAACCUUAGUUUGGGACCUAGGAGCCUUUAUGGACAAACUAUUCCAAGCUCUUUGGGACUUCCUAGCCUCUCACUAUUCCCUGAACGGACCGAAGAGAAAGGAGCUUUUGUGGCUCUCCGGCCAGGUGCCGAGAAGAGUGUAUUAAGUGGCACCCCACUUGAGGCAACAAGUUAUGCAGAGCAUCUCCAGCGGUUAAGGGAGCAUCACGUGCAGCAAAACAAGUGUGUAGGUGCGUGCUGUUCAUCCACACUCGGUAGCUUGGGGCAGCCAUCCAAUUCCUGCUCGUGCUGCUCAUCACAACAAACGCCUCUUUGUAGCCGUGGUCCCAUGGCCUGCUUAAGCAAAGAACACGGCAGCGGAAAAAUGUGUAAUGGCGCCUGUGGAUAUUUUGCUCCAUCUCUUUCUUAUCUUGGUCAGCGUGACAUUCGGUUGACAAUGAACCCCUAUUACAGCAACCUGGGGGAACCAGUAAGGAGAGACGACAUUUUUGGUUCAUUGUUCUCUUCAAAUCCAAAUUUGUGGGGUUCGAGUUUAUCUGCAGCCCCGAUCAGUAAAGCUGUGGCUCCAGCCGCUUCUCCAGGUCACAAAAAGAAAGACAGUACAGGCUUAGGUCAGAAAGAAAGCCCACGUGUUGCCAAGGACUUUCCAGGCUGUUUAACACCAACAGAACGUCGAGAUGGUGUCGUAAUGCAACGCCCCCUCCCGACACCCAGCUAUAACCUUGAAUCACUGAAAAAAGAAUCUAAUAAUAAUGAAGUAAUUAUUAUUGAAGAUAAACCUACAAGCAAAUGCACAAAACACAAUUUCUUUAAACCGAAUUCCCAGUCAUCAGACCAUAGAACUAAAAACAGAGAAAAUCAUCAGAAAGAAUUUUCAAAACAACACAGUGUUCGAGAUGCUGCAACUCAUUCUGCUAAACACAGUAGUAAACGGCUGGAUCAUACUGAAACCAAUGUGAAGAUGCCACAAUUGGAAGCAGUUACCAGAUGUCACAAUCGUCCUGAGGUUUCUCAGUCACAUGAAAUGAAGUUUUCUGAUCCACCAGCCCUCGCAGCAUCAGGAGUUAUCACUGAAUCCAGUCAACCGAACAUAACAUCCUCUUCUUAUCCGACCCUUUGGACACCCCACGAAACAAUUACAAGUUCAUCUUCGUUCAUUACAAGUACACCAACUCCUGUAACAGCGCCUAUUUUCCAUCAAUCAUUUGAAUCCUCUUUAAAAAAGCACGAAAAAAUAAGAGAGGGUGAAUGCAAAUCAGUAAUGAACCAUCAUAUCAAUCAAAACGUAGCAUCGUUGCUUCCAUACAGUAUCAUCAACCUGACUCAAGACACUAAGCCUUCUGCCUUGGACUCAGAACGUGCCAAAGAACCCGGAUGCUCGUUGGCAAUACCAUCUUCACAUCAACAUACUGGCCCUAGUCAUUUCCAGCAAACAAAACAGGUUGAUAUCAAAAGCCAAGAUACAGGCUCAUCAUUUUUAUCGCCAACAAAGGAACACAAAAAGCCCGACAUUUUGCCCCCGAAACCAUCAGAGUCUUACGAUCCCUACUCCUUCACCCAGGAAAAGUCAGAAUACACUUUCGACGAUUCAGAAGGUACUUCGCUGCUAGACGUUGGUGGACUAAACACCAGUCGCAAAAGGUCUAUGCUGGAGAGUUUAGCUAACUCAGAUGCCCAGAAAAAGAAAAGGCCAAACUCCUCAGACCCGUUUAUCGACGCAUCAAAACAUAAGAAAGUGGAAAGACCACUUCAGACUACGUCUACACAAUCUAGCGAAACUACCCCUAGUACCUCGCAAGAUAAAGACGUUUUAAAGAAAAAACAAGCCAAAGAAUUAGAAGACUAUAACAAAGAACUGAAACCAGAACAUAUAAAGACAAAACAUCGAAAUCAUUCAGGUUGUAAAGAAAAGUUUCUGAUAAAUAAAUUGAAGAGUGCAGAGUUUGAAGAGGGUUUCCGCAGAGAGGCGAAGCGAGUCUGUGCCAAAGCGAAGAAAAAACUCAGAAAACGCUUGUUAGCCAGACUUUACGAAGAACAGAGGAAAUCGGACCCAGAGAGUGAUAAUGAAGUGUUGUCAAAAACAGAACUAGAUGAGAACUCUCAGUGUUCGAAUCAAGUCGUUUCUCAGUUAAGCCUAAUAUGGAAGCACAGGCGGCUAUUAUACAGUUGUCAAACAGUUAGACGACGCCGACUAAAGUCGGGUUUAGACAUGAUAGCAAAACCACAUCGGAAGAAGAAGUCAAAAUCAGCAAACAUUCAGAAGCUUUUGGAUAAAGAACUUCUGAAAGAACAGGAAGAUUUAAUACCUUUAGAAAGCACUCUUAAAGAUAUCGGAGAAAGGCACCAGGUGCCGUUUGACUUUUCCAAUGGAGCUCCUCCAGAAAUGAAGCGUAUCAUGGUAAACAAAGCUUUAGGAGAAACCAUUCUUCAUCGAGCGGCAAGACUGGGUUAUGCGGAAGUGGUUUUGUACUGCCUGGAGACUAAUUACUGCGAUGUCAACGCUCGUGACAACGCUGGAUAUACUCCUUUACACGAAUCCUGUUCGCGCGGAAACCUCGAGAUUGCAAGUGCACUCGUGCAGUAUGGUGCUGACGUCAGUGCGAGUGCAGCGGGAGGGAUCAGACCGCUUCACGACGCCGUGGAAAACGAGUAUAUUGAGAUUGUGCGUUUGUUGUUGUCCCACGGCGCUGAUCCUACCAUUGCCACGUACUCUGGUCUCACGCCUCUAAAGCUGGCGAGGUCGUCCAUCAUGGCGGAGUUCCUACGGGGUUUCUUGGCUGACGCAACUGGAGAGACUGACAAUAACUUAGUUCUACCUUGGAAAUUCCAUGGAUCAUCGUGUUGUCUAGAUACUGAAGAGACAGGCUACGACGUUUGGGAAGGACUUCCUUUAGACUCUGAGAAUGAGAGCGAGGAGAACGAUGACUUCCUGUUCGAGGUGAGCGACACCCCUCACCUCCCGACUUUCCGCCUGCAAUUGCCUGGCAACAACAGCAAGGCGAUAUGUAACUGUCUCCGUCUUGCCGACGUGUUAAACCAAAUUAACUACACCAAGGAGAAAUUUAAGUUCGUUCACAGCUACAUCGAAAUAUUUCCUGUUCCCAAACAUGAAAUUGAAACCAGCGCCACCUGCAGCCAACUUUUGACAGGCACACGAUUGGACAGCCUUUUAGAAGACGUAGCCACUGAUGGGAGCACAACCAUUGACGUAGUACAACUGGACAACAAUAUUAGAGAUAUUCUGGGCAUCGAAACCGUAACAUUAAGAUAAAGAUAGUUAUCCGUUUGGUGUUAAUCGUGAUAUUUACUUAUAAGCCUCUAACGCUAUGUAAAUACAGAGAAAAGACAGCAUAUUAUAAACUCCUUUGGCGAGAGCUUUCUAUUAGUUAUGAUAUUGGACCAUCGCUGAAGAUGUGUUGUUUAUACGUGCUAUGUGCAGUGGUGUAUCAAAACAUGAAAAUAAUAUAUCAAAACUACUAUGUGUUGAACUGUAAUAAACAAAAAAAAACAUUAUUAGCGAACAAUUUUAUCACAUUUUUGCUGAUCCCAAUUGUUUCGAACUUCAUUGCUUUCUGCUUAUAUUAUGCGCAAGUGAUUCUGAUGAUGGGAGUAUUUACGAGAUGAACAAUGAACAAAUAUUAUUAACUGUUCUAAAGUGUAUGUGCAGUAAUCAUAUUAUGUAAAUAUGUAGAUAACGUUGUGAACGUGUGGUGACGUAACAGUGCCUAUUUCAUCUUACGAUCUGAUCUGGUCAUCAUUUUUCUCAAAUAAAGUCUCUUUUUUUU